AUGGUGCUGCGUAAAGUCUUCCCGGCCAUGUUCACGCUGCCGAAGGAAGCCCCGGCCUGCUCUCGGAAUGGGACUCUGUACUUGCUGCGCUGCAUCUUUCUAAUGGGAGUGCGAAGGCCACCGGCUCGAUUCUUCGUUGUCUACUGCCUGUGGUCCUUUGCCCUAAAUCUCUGCUCUACGUUCUACCAGCCCAUCGGCUUCCUGACUGGGUACAUCAGCCAUCUCUCAGAGUUCUCUCCGGGGGAGUUCCUCACCUCCCUUCAGGUGGCCUUUAACGCCUGGUCCUGCUCCACCAAGGUCCUGAUCGUUUGGGCGCUCGUCAAGCACUUCGACGAUGCCAACGACAUUUUGGACGAAAUGGACAGGCGCCUCACCCAACCCAGCGAACGCCUCCGUGUCCAUCAGGCCGUUUCCAGGAGCAACCGCAUCUUCUUUAUCUUCAUGACCGUCUACAUGGUGUAUGCCACCAACACGUUCCUCACUGCGAUCCUGAUGGGCAGGCCGCCCUACCAGAACUACUAUCCGUACCUGGACUGGCGCUCCAGCUCGUGGCAGCUGGGUCUCCAGUCGGGACUGGAAUAUUUCGCCAUGGCCGGUGCCUGCUUUCAGGACGUCUGUGUGGACUGUUAUCCCGUCAACUUUGUCCUCGUGCUCCGUGCCCACAUGUCCAUUUUCGCGGACCGCCUAAGACAGUUGGGCAGCGACCCUGGGGAGAGCCCCGAGCAGCGCUACGAGCAACUAAUUCAGUGCAUCCAGGACCACAAGACCAUACUGCGUUUCGUGGAUUGUUUGCGUCCCGUGAUUUCGGGCACCAUUUUUGUGCAGUUCCUCGUUGUGGGCCUGGUCCUUGGCUUCACACUCAUCAACAUUGUGCUGUUCGCUAAUCUGGGAUCGGCAAUCGCCGCCCUGUCCUUCAUGGCCGCUGUUCUGCUGGAGACCACCCCGUUCUGCAUUCUCUGCAACUACCUCACAGACGACUGCUACAACCUGGCGGACGCUCUUUUCGAGUCGAACUGGAUCGAUGGCGAGCAGCGCUACAAGAAGACGCUCAUGUACUUCCUGCAGAAGCUCCAGCAGCCCAUCACCUUCAUGGCCAUGAACGUAUUUCCCAUCUCCGUGGGCAGCAACAUCAGUGUCACCAAGUUUUCGUUCUCAGUCUUUACGCUGGUCAAGCAAAUGAAUAUUUCGGAGAAGCUCUCCAAGGUCGAAGGGGAAGCCGAUUAACAAAAGAGUUCUCUUCGAAGGCACACGUUUUUCGCUCUUUCAACAUAUAC